UUGGAGGGCAGACGCGCCGAGUCACGCCGGCAAGGGAGGGGCCUCGGGCCCGGCGGCGAACACGGGAGCUGCUGGCCGGAGCGGGAGCCGGAACGGCGGGAGGCCGCCGGCAGCAGCACCUGGUCCGAGAUGGGGUCCCAGGUCUCGAUGGACGUGGGAGCCGUGCACGUGGUGAUCGUGGGCGGAGGCUUUGGCGGCAUCGCGGCCGCCAGCCAACUGCAGGCGCUGAACAUCCCCUUCGUGCUGGUGGACAUGAAGGACUCCUUCCACCACAACGUGGCAGCCCUCCGGGCCUCCGUGGAGAGUGGGUUUGCCAAAAAGACAUUCAUUUCCUACUCGGUGACCUUCAAGGAAAACUUCCGGCAGGGCCUGGUGGUUGAGAUAGACCUGAAGAAUCAGACGGUGCUGCUGGAGGACGGCGAGGCCCUGUCCUUCGCAUAUCUCAUCCUGGCCACGGGCAGCACUGGGCUCUUCCCAGGCAAGUUUAACCAGGUGUCCAACCAGCAGAUGGCCAUCCAGGCCUAUGAGGACAUGGUGACGCAGGUCCAGAGCUCACAAUCCAUCGUGGUGGUCGGAGGAGGCUCUGCGGGAGUGGAGAUGGCAGCAGAGAUUAAAACAGAAUACCCUGAGAAAGAGGUCACUCUCAUUCACUCCCAAAUGGCCCUCGCAGACAAGGAGCUCCUGCCCUGUGUCCGGCAGGAAGUGAAGGAGAUCCUGCUCCGGAAGGGCGUGCAGCUGCUGCUGAGUGAGCGGGUGAGCAACCUGGAGGUGCUGCCUCUCAACGAGCAUCGCGAGCGCAUCACGGUGCGGACGGACAAAGGGACGGAGGUGGCCGCCAACCUGGUGAUCGCCUGCAGCGGUAUCAAGGUCAACAGUGUGGCCUACCGCAGCGCGUUUGGUGAUCAGCUGGCCAGCGAUGGCGCUCUGAAAGUGAACGAGUACCUCCAGGUGGAGGGCUACAGCCACAUCUACGCCAUCGGUGACUGCGCCGAUGUGAGGGAGCCCAAGAUGGCCUAUCACGCCAGCCUCCACGCCAAUGUCGCCGUGGCCAACAUCGUCAACUCCAUGAAACAGAGGCCCCUCAAAGCCUACAAGCCAGGUUCGCUGACGUUCCUCCUGGCCAUGGGGAGAAAUGACGGCGUGGGCCAGAUCAGUGGCUUCUACGUGGGGCGGCUCAUGGUUCGGCUGGCCAAGAGCCGGGACCUGUUGGUCUCCACGAGCUGGAAAACCAUGCGGCAGUCUCCACCCUGAUGGGGAGGCUGGGCGGGAGAUAGGUACCGCCACCGCCCGCUGAUCAGAUUUCUUGACAAAUGGUACCCGCUUGACAAAUGCCAAAGGGCAAAAGCUCUUUUCCUGGAGUAAGAUGUCAGUGAUGUACUGACCAGAAACACAGCUUAGACAAAACCAAAAACUGGGAGAGAGAGAUAUUGGUGUUAAAAAAAAAAAAAGACACCCUUAAAGGAGUCUUUCUGGGUUUCAAAGGUCUACUUGCACUUGUGCUGGCUGAAUAGUUCACUUGGUCCUGGGGAGGGCACAGCCCACCUUCUCUACCCCAGCCUCCUCUGUGUGUGUGUGUGUGUGUGUGUGUGUGUGUGUGCGCGUGCGCGCGCACAUGGUGUGUGGCAUUCAGAGCUCUCAGAGUAGGGGCAAGAGCUCAGUAUCCUGGUGGCAGGAAGGGUCUCCCUGUCUGUAAGGGCAGGAAGGAGGGCCUGCACAAGGAGACCAGCUAAGGAAGGGGGGACUGGGGUGGAGGGAUGGCCUACAUCCCAACCUCUCCCAUCACAUUAGGAGGUGGGGAAGCCUAUAACAUCCUGCAACACUCAGGUUGUUAAUAGGAGCUUAAUUUUAAACUGUUAGUCCCUACCGUCUUUAAUCUUCAUGAAUCUUUCUAUAUUUCUAUUUUUAGAUCCUGAUUAUAUACCAUAGGUUGUAUUUAAGAAGCGUUAGAUAAAAUUUCCCUCCUGGUGAGUCCAUCCUAAUGGAGAGUGAGUUUUUCACAAAGCUAACAGGUUAAGACAGAAACCUGGCCUGCCAGCUGCUGGGGGUGUUUAAAGAAAGACAGCCAAGCUAGCGUGACCGUCGGGUGGGUCGCCAUCCUGCUAACAUUCAGGGAGCAGAGGGGGUUUCAGUAGGUGAACCCCUGCAUGCUUCCAGGCUACUGUCUUAGGCAAAUUUGUAAGUGACAAAACUGCAGCCAAUGCUGGGGCAGGGGUACCCUGUGGGAACCUUUGUAGUUUUGUGCUUCUGGUUUCUUGGUCAACCCCAACGUCACUUAUCUGGAGGCAUAGCCAUGUGGCAAUAAUGCCUGCCACCAACUAUGUUAAGGUAUAAAAAUGACUUCUCUGUCUGGGAGAGGACUUCGAAUCAGGAUAAACCUCUUUUGGACCACAUAGGCGAGAUCUCUAAGGCAGAAGUUGUUUAUGAGUUCAUCUGAAUAAAUUCAGGCCCUGCCCCGGCCCACCCUACCCCUCCCUGCCCACUUUUAAUGGUAACCUCUGGGUACUUGGCCAGAAUUCUUAGGAUACCAGCCUCACGAGGGUUCUUGGUCUGUCCUGUCUGGGCUGUGGCCCAGGUCUGUUCCAUUUUGUUGCCCAGGCCUAAGUGAGACUGUGCCUUUGUCCCAAAGGAUGGCCCCCCAGGGAGGCUUCACCCAGUCCUCCAUUCCCGUGGACCACAGCCAACCAGGCUCCCCUUCUGGAAGUGGGACCUGUUGCCUGAGAAACACAAGCCAUUCCAUGCUGUCUGACCUGGGGCCUAGCAUGGUGGGAGUCUCAGCUCCAUAGUGAUAGGCCUUGUUCUAUUUAUAACAUUCUUAAGUUUCCACCCAUAGGGACACAGUUCUCCAAACUGAGGAAAAUGUUACAAUAAAAGAGUAUGUUGUAAGAAAGACACUGGAUC